GUGAUGUGCCUAGCCAUCAAGGGGCGCGCAAGGGGCGCCGUGCCUGCGUGCCGCACGCAGCGCUUGGAGGGAUGCGCAGCGGGCGGCGGCAGGCGCAGGUGCAGAGAGCGCCCACCUUCGACGCCCGCACACGGCAAACUGCGUGCCGGCGGCCGCUGUCCGUGUGCUGCCAUCCACGCCCCCGCCGCUCCGCUGCCGGCACGCCGAGGCUGCUAGCGGCGUUGGUGCAUGCUCCUUCAUGCGCUCGACGUGUGAGAGCGGGUGCGGCGCGAGAGCGGUGCGGUGCCGCGCUGCCGCGCCGAGCGCACGCCAUCGCCCAUUCGCAUGCGCGGGCGCCCGCAUGCCCAGCCGGCGCUAGCGCGUGGGCCUGCAGCAGAUGCAGCGCGCAGCAGCAGCAGCUGCAGAUGCAUCCACCUCCCUUUGGCCCCUCCCUGCACGCAGCAGCCCUGCACCGCUGCAGGUCUCGCCGCACAGAAAGAUCCGUGCUGGAGGCGCAGGCACCGCGUGGAGAGGCCGGCACAGAGGGCAUCAUCGACGCGAGAUGGAGAAGAAGCUCGCAAGUCUUGUUUCCGGCCACGGCUUGCGGGCGGCAGGAGGCUUCGCCGCCCAUCAAUCGCCAUCCGCACGCACGGCACACCUCGGCAGCAUCAGCGACGACGAGAGUGCCGAUCUGUGCCUGCUCUCUCUGCAAGGCUGUGUCCCUGUGCCGGCAGCGAGGGCCAAGGAGCGGGGCCAUCAGCUAUCCGUCUUGCGUCGGUCGCCGGCGAGAGCGCCGGUGUGGUGCGGCCGUCGGGCCAACGCGCCGUGGCCUCGGCGGGCUGCAGGCACGGCGCUACGAUGCGCUGCUCCCAGGCGAGCAUCGCCGUUACGUACAGCCUGACGUGGGGGCUGCGCGCGAGAGGGAGAGCGGGAGCAUCGAGCGAACGGAGGGGAUCGCCCGGCUCGGAGGGUGCCGGAGGAUGGACGAGGCGCCGCUCGCGCGCGGUGCAUCCGUGCCCGCUCGCCCUUCGCCCUCCGCUCACAUUCAUGCGCCACGCUCGCUCGCGCCAUGAGAUCCUGCCUGCUGCUGCUGCAUGCUGCGAUCUGACGCCUGCCGCGAGGGCGGCACAAGCAAGAAGCAGCACCGCAGCGCGAGCGCUUGCGCUGCUGGGCGCGGAGCUGCAAGUCCCGAGGCGCCGCUGUCAGCAAGCGCCCCCCGCCAUGCUUGCGCCCGACGCUCCAUGCUGCUCGCCUUCGCCGCAUUUGGACAAGGAGAUGCAGCCACAAAGGCAUCCUGCAUGGAGCGCUGAGCUGCUGGCAGGGUGCAGCGCGGGAGAUCAAGUCGGAGCGGCGCUCCGCACUCUGCCCCGUGCCCACGCUCGCACUUCUCCGUUUGCCCUCCGGGCUCCGAGCAAGAGACCUCCUCUCGGCCGAGGGGGUGUGCCGCCAUCCGCCCUUGCGUCCGCGGGGAGGGUCGUCAACAACCGGCGUGAGCGGGCGAGACAUGCGCGGGCGAGCAAGGCGUGUGGAGCAGUCCCACGCCUACGAGAGCCAGGGGUUGGAAGAGGCCAUGCGGCAAUGACUGCGAGCGGAUGGCUGUGCGCUGGAUGCUGCUGGAUACCCACACGCGGUGGACGCCUCCGACGGUGCACCUGGAUGCCACGGCACGUUGGCGGCUGCCAAGCGCUGUCUGCGCCUUCACUCGCAACCUUGUGCGGCGCAAGCUUUCGCCCGGCGCCGCCAUCGAGACGCCGCUGCCUCUCAUGCGCGCCCAGAGGCCGACGACGACGAAGUGCGGAUCGAGGCGAGAAGAAGCAUGCGCCGGCUCUGCAUCCACACGGAGAAGACGGAGGCAGCGCCGCGCUGCCGUGUGCGCGGAUGGCGCGGAAUGGCCUCGCAGCACGGCUUGCCAUCCGCUCUGCCAUGGAUGGCAACGCUCGUCGAGCCGCUGACGUUCACGAGCGUCGCCGUGCAGCGUCGGCCAUCCCGAGCCGAGGGCGCGUGAACGCAAGAGCACAGGCCAGAGCCCGACUCGGCGGCGCGCAUGAACAGCGUUGAGUGAAGGGCCAGCGUGGCGGGCGACGCGACGCGGCGCGGCGGAGAAUAGGCUUCUGCCUGCUGCUGCAAUGCGCGCCGAGCUCUACUCCGCCCUUGACCCUCGCACCGCUGCACUCUGCUUCUGCUCCCCGCUGCUGCCGUGGCCUUGCCGCAGCAUGAAGGAUCGAAAAUCUCCUGAUAUAGCAGGUCGACGCUGCGCAAGAUCGCCACGCCUAAGCCUCAGCGUCCCAACAGGGCAGGUACGGCCGGCGGCGCCCCGAAUCCCGGAGUCGCAAUGGCUCGGCGCCGCUG